GCCCCACCGCGCGGCACGCCGGGAAGAGGAGUCCCGCCGGGCCGGGGCGGGCGCGUGUGGCGGCGAUGCGGAGCCGGUCGGGCUCCUUCGUGGACCUGCGGCUGAAGCAGCGCGUGAAGCAGUACCUUGCCAGCAGCAAGUGCGGCCACUAUGUGGACAUCGGGAUCCUGGCCUCUGAUCUGCAGAAAACCUACAGUACUGAAUAUGGACGAAGAAAACGAAAUGCUUUUAGAAUACAAGUUGCAAAAGUGUUUGGAAUAAUCAGCAAUGAAAAAAAAAAAGAAGAUUUAACAGCUCUAGAAGCUGAACAUUUGGCAAAAAGAGCAAGGCAUGAACACAAGAGAAACGAGACUACAGGAAGUUCCACAGAGGACUCUGAGGAUGAUGAUUAUCCAGAAGAUUUAUCUACAAAUCAUAUGAACAGUUCCCUGAUGACCUUAUACAAGAAAGGAAAUCCCGAUUCUGUUCCAGCCACUCCAAAAAAUGAACCAAUGGAAACCUCCACUCCUGUGCAAACAGCACCUCAAACAAACACCCUUUCACCAGCAUCUCAGGUUGAAACACGCAUCUCCAAAGGUGGCUGGUUCAUUGAUAAGACUCCAAGUGGGAAAGACUUUUUCAUUGACCUUUCUGAGGAUGGAGAAGGAGAUGAGAAGAAACUGAUUUCUGAGAAAUCAACAGAAUUUUCUGUCUUGGAAAGUGAAAAGAAGAAGACAAAGGGUAAAAGAGCAAAAAGGAAAAAAGAAUUUCCAGAUGUAGAUGAAGAAAUUGAGUCCAUCUUACUUAAAGGGAAAGUUAAGAGUAAGGGACCAGAGCUUUACCACCCAUCAGUGAAGUUUGAGGAUGUAGGAGGCAACGAUGAAACUUUGAAGGAAAUAUGCAAGAUGCUGAUCCAUGUUCGUCAUCCUGAAGUCUAUCUCCACUUAGGUGUGGUUCCACCUCGUGGUUUUCUUCUGCACGGACCACCAGGAUGUGGAAAGACACUACUUGCACAGGCAAUUGCUGGAGAACUUGAGCUCCCAAUGCUGAAAGUGGCAGCAACAGAGAUGGUGUCCGGAGUGUCGGGAGAAUCUGAGCAGAAACUGAGAGAAUUAUUUGAUCAGGCCGUGCUCAAUGCACCAUGCGUCCUUUUCAUUGAUGAGAUUGAUGCAAUCACCCCAAAAAGAGAAGUUGCUUCAAAGGACAUGGAGAGGAGAAUUGUUGCCCAGCUCCUUACCUGUUUGGAUGACUUGAAUAACGUGGCUGCCACUGCCCAGGUCCUUGUUAUUGGAGCAACUAACAGACCUGACUCGCUGGACCCUGCACUGAGGAGAGCUGGGAGAUUCGAUCGAGAAAUUUGUUUAGGGAUACCAGAUGAAGCAGCAAGAGAAAAAAUUCUUCAGACCCUGUGUCGAAAACUUAAGCUCCCAGGGUCCUUCGACUUUCUUCAUUUAGCACAUCUGACUCCAGGUUAUGUGGGUGCUGAUCUGAUGGCACUUUGUCGUGAGGCAGCUAUGUGCACAGUGAACAGGGUCCUGAUAAAAUCUGAGGAGCAGCAAAGGAAAUACGUACAGGCAGGAGGAAACACAGCUGAAGAAAGCGUGGGAAUAGAAACAGAGAUCCCAGUUGAAGAGAACACCAAACAGCUUCCUUCUAAGGAAGAAUUACAGAGACUCUUAUAUUUGCUGAAGAAGCAGGACCCCUUGCCUGAGGACCAGCUGCAGAAGCUGUGCAUUGAGAUGAAUGAUUUCAUUGUUGCCCUGUCAUCAGUGCAACCCUCUGCCAAGAGAGAAGGCUUUGUCACAAUUCCUGAUGUGACAUGGGCAGAUAUAGGAGCCCUGGAGGAUGUUCGGGAGGAGCUGACCAUGGCAAUAUUGGCACCUGUGCGGAACCCAGAGCAGUUUAAAGCUCUGGGCCUGACUACUCCAGCUGGUGUUCUGCUUGCAGGGCCUCCUGGGUGUGGCAAAACGCUGUUGGCUAAGGCUGUGGCAAAUGAAUCUGGGCUGAACUUCAUAUCUGUGAAGGGUCCCGAACUGCUAAAUAUGUAUGUUGGUGAAAGCGAACGUGCUGUACGCCAAGUAUUCCAGCGUGCCAGGAAUUCAGCCCCUUGUGUUAUAUUUUUUGACGAAGUUGAUGCUUUGUGCCCUCGGAGGUCUGACCGUGAAUCAGGAGCCAGUGUUCGAGUAGUUAACCAGUUACUCACAGAGAUGGAUGGUCUGGAGAAUCGCCAGCAGGUUUUCAUUAUGGCUGCCACAAACAGGCCAGAUAUAAUUGACCCAGCUAUCCUACGUCCUGGUAGACUGGAUAAAACACUCUAUGUGGGAUUGCCACCCCCUGAAGAUCGACUUGCUAUUUUAAAGACAAUCACCAAGGAUGGCACCCGGCCUCCACUAGAUACAGACGUAAACCUUGAAGAAAUUGCUUACAGUCAACAAUGUGAUUGUUAUACAGGUGCAGACCUUUCUGCUUUAGUGCGUGAGGCUUCAAUUUGUGCACUGAGACAGGAAAUGGCCCUGCCAACCACUAAAAGCAAGAAAGGAGAAAUCAAGAUUUCCCGUAAACACUUUGAAGAAGCUUUUAGAAAAGUGAAAUCUUCAGUAUCAAAAAAGGAUCAAAUAAUGUAUGAAGAACUGCGUCAGUCACUGUGCAGGUGAUACAUUAUCUCCUAGAAGAGACUUACUCUGCAGAGAACUUUAACACCUGUGCCAGAUUUCAAGAUACAGGUUGGAAAGAAGCUGUACCCAAACUCCCUCAACUUAUUGUGCACCUGAAAAAAAGGUCAUUGUAAUCUACUGUUGUAAACAAUCCUUAAACCAUUUCUAGAAUAGAAGAUGCAAUAUAUAUUUUCUACUCAUCCCA